UUUUUUUAUUUCUUCUUUCUCAUCUUUUUCAUUAUUUUUCUAUUACGAAUAUCAUUAUUUUUCGCACAACCUUUUUGUUUAUUUAAUUUUUGUAUAAUUUCCUUUUACAAGAAGAAAAGAAAAGGAAAAAAAUAUGGAAAACGAUUCCUUGGCCAGUAUUAGCAACCAGCUGAAUACACAGUCCACAUCAACAGCACUGACACAUCCAGAGCAGCAGGACGGCAGCCGAGUUGGCCAAGAAAUAGCACAACUACUACAGACGGUGAAAUCCGCCAACGCCUUUGUCGAUCCUAACCAGCCCCAGCCCCAGGUUCAAGCCCAGAUCCAGCCCGAGACUUUAGCAUGUGAACUCAACCUGCCCGAGCCCUUAACUUGCGAAUUCAACCAACCCCAAUCCACAGCAGAUGAGCCGGAGGAUGCUGAUAAUGAGUCUAACCUAGACAGCUCAACCUCAGGCUCCGACUACAGCUCGUCAGAUGAAGAAAUGGAGGAAGACAGCAAGUCAACGAACAAGCUAAUGGCAGACUUGGAGAUGGACUACGACGACGAAGAUGAUAUGAUGACCGGAGGGGCAAAUCUUCCAUUGACCAGACACGAGGUGCUUAACCCACAGAUCGCGGCUCCGCCCAUCACACAGUUGCCACAAGACAUUGAUCUCCGCGCACUCGGCACCGUGCACUCCCUAGUGGACAACUCGAUUAUCAUCCAGGCGCACGUAAGCGGUGAACAGCAUGUGUUGGACUCGGACAGUCUGGUUAUUCUCAGUGAUCGGUCGGUUCUGGGUCUAGUCUUUGAUGUGUUUGGCCCCGUGACCAGGCCCAUGUACACAGUACGGUUUAACUCGGCAAAUGAGGCUCAGGAGCGCGGGAAAGUCGGCGAGCAGGUUUAUUUUGCUUCAAAUUGGUCCAAAUUACUGGCCACGGAGAGGCUGCGGGUGAAGGGCACGGAUGCCAGUAAUGAGUUCGACGAGGAGGUCGCGUCUGAUGAUAUGGAGUUUUCGGAUGAUGAGGCGGAGCGACUUGCCAAGUCUAGAAAGAAGAAAUCAAUGGCUGCGAAAAGAAAGACGCCUGCGCAGAAUGCCGCCAAGGUCGAUCCUAGUGUUCGCGCGCUGCCGCAAUCUAUCUCUCGCCCGGUGACCGAUACUCGCCAGCUGCAGUCAUACGGCGAUCUGUACGACCCCGAACUCGGCUUCUAACUUGCCGACCUGUAUAUGAAUGAUGAUGAAAAAGAAAGAAAAACAUUUGAAAUUUGACAUUAUAAUAGAGGAAUCGAAAAGGAGAAAUGGAAUGGAAAGGAAAGGACAGGGGAGAAGAAAAAUAAAAAAUAAAAAUAAAAAAUUAGCUACAUGAAAGUGGAAAAGAAAAAGAAAACA